AUGGGCGACCAAAUGGGGCGACCCAUGCAAUUUUUACGAUUUUUUCCCAUUUCCCUCACCAAUUUGGUCAUGGGCUUGUCCAUGAGGAAAUUGGGCCAAUCAGCCCAAUAUUCUGUGGACCGACGUCUGUUUGAUUCAAAAAUUCCAAAAGCAUCUCCCGCACUCUCUUCUUCAGCUUCCGCCGGCGAUUUCCCUCUCACCGUCUCAGACUCGUGGUUAGUUGCACCGAGCAAUCGAUCGCCGUCGACGGCGAAUAUGGCCCCACCGAACUCCGCUCGCACAAUAUCUCAACAAGCCUUCGAUGAAUUAGUGAAAGAAAAUAUUGAAGAUCUUGGAAUGGACCCCACAGAAGCCCUUGAAGACGCCAUUCAAACCCUGUCUCUCCAAGGCGUCAAUCUCUCCGGUAUU